CAGGGAUUUGAGGUUGGAGCUGAAGUAGAACUGAAUGACGGCGCCACGGCUGUGGAUGACUGCUCUGCAGUUAAGGUGCCUCUCCCUGCAAGGCUACUGUGAUCCCAGCAGCGCUACAGCAAGCGGUGUCAACGGGUUGCUAUGACUACCGAGCAUGUGGAUGAUGUCAUCGGGACGGCGCCCUGAGACCACCGGAAUCUCCACGCCGAUCUGAGGCUGCACACGCCAGCAUGGAGAGGUUAUUUAGGAGAAUAAGAUGGACCUGCCUGUAUGGCACCAUCUCCAUUACGCUGAAGAAUCGAGCAGUGACGACAGUCUGGAUUCCCAGCAAGUGCUAUCCGCACCUCCCAAGGUUAAGAACCUGGAUAUACUAAAUUAUGGUUCUGACAUCAAGAGGUUAAUUGAGGAGAAAGAACACUUGGAAAGUAAGACGUCUCUGUUGUCAUCCUCUGAAGGCCUACACGGAGAACUCCACAUGAAUGAAGUACAGGUUGAUGGUGACUCUGUUUGGAGAAACAUGUACGAUGACGAUCUUCAUGACCAGUCUUCUGAGUUGGCAUCUGGUUUUGAAGAAGAGGAAAUUUCUCACGCAGAGAUCGUCUCGGCCUCAGCGUAUGGUCGCCCUCCCUCUAACUCCAAUGAGCUGUAUUCUGCUGCCACUCUGCCCCAUGAAGAAGAUGGUAGAGAGGGAUUAGGAAAAUAUAGUUACUUUAAUGCAAACACCCAGUUUGCCGGUACCGUAAAGCCUUGGGUGAAAAGCCACAAAUGCUCCAGGUGUGGACGUCAGUUUGGACGUUUGUACAACCUGGAGAAACAUAUAUGCAUAAAGACGGCCUUAGGCAUUCCUCAGCAGCCAGUCUGCAAUGUAGGUUAUAAUUUUUCCAAUAGCGGCAAGAAAAAUAAUGUUUCAGCAAAGAAGAGUGAACAAAACCAGGAGUCUAUGAAUAGGUUAGAGAGCAUGUGUGUUGAAGCUCAAAAGCAGCUUCAAAGUCUAAAGGGACAUUACAAGAAUGAAGAGGAGUAUGCAGAUCUGUCCAGUACUGCAAUGGAAGUAGACCUGUCGGACAUGCAGACAUGGAAUCAGGAGGGUCUCCCUGGAGAUGGCACGUUAGUAUCUGCCAACAAAAUAUCUUCUAAAGGUACUGUUACUUGUCACCGCUGCGGACGCAAGUUUAGGAGUAUAUGCAAUCUAGAGUUUCACGUUUGCCGCAAUGAGGAGACUAGGAUGUUUGUUUCACCAAACUUGAAUGCUUCUCAAAAUACCAUUCCAGUACCAUCAUUAGUAAAAGUGGAACAAGACUCGGACAGUCACUCUGAGCACAUCCCUUCCCCUUCAGAGAAACUGAAGAGUUUCUGUAAUAACUCUGAUUCUAUGAGGUCUCUUGGGAACAGCAGAGAGAAUAUUGUCAGUUCAGCUACCCUCCCUGGUAAAACGGUUGAAAUUUUCAAAUGCCAGCAGUGUAAGAGAGUUUACAAUAAGCGAUGUUCAUAUGCCACCCACAUGCGCUGGCAUAUGAAAGAGCGAGAUUUUGCAUCUUCUGUGACUAGCACAGUGGAAAGGGCUAAAGUAACAGAGGACCAGGAACCUGGUUGGACCGCUCUACAUGAUGCUGCUUCGAACCCAGUCAACUCCCACAAAUCAUCUCAAACUUUUACAUGCGAGUAUUGCUGUGCAGUAUUCAAUAAGCAUUGUUCAUAUGCCACUCACACUCGCUGGCAUUUGAAAGAAAGUGAAACUGUAUCUACUGUGACUAGUCCGACUCCAAAGCCAGCACGGGGAGACCAGGAAAGUAGUAGACUGGCAAAACAAGUUCCUUCCAUGUCGGUAAAACAUCUGAAGAGUAGUGAGAAGAACACUAGUACCAUUAUUCUUUUCAGCUGCCAGCUUUGUGGGAGAGUGUUUAAUAAGAGCUGUUCCUUUUCCAACCACACUCGUUGGCAUACGAAAGAGAGAGAAUUUCUGAAAAGCGUUAAAGCUGAGGCCCAAAUGGUCCUUAUGGAAGGAGAGGAAUACGUGGAGGUAGGUGACAUCACAGAUGUAGAGGAUCAACAAAAUAGGCCAACUGAUAGAGACCAUGAUGACGGUAUCACCUUCUCCGAUGUCCAUGAUGAUAAUAGUAAUUUUCAAGGCUUCAGUGGCCAAGUCAAGCAUUUAAAUUUGGGCGACCUUCAUACAAACGGGGAAAAGCCAAAUAGCAGUGAAGAUUCUGGAGAUAAUCCAAACUCUAAUCAGGUAGACUCCAACCAACAAAGGCCUUCUACUCUGGUUCCAGAAUACAUCUUUGAGCUUGUGGUCGGGACAGAAGAUGUGUGUGAGGUCUUGUUAGCUGAAGGUCGCCAUUUAAUCCAAAAUGUAGAGGAUUUAAGGACUACCGGAGAUGAUGAAGAGAUCACACCCAGGCCUCAAGUUGGUUCUUUCAUUACCACGGAACCAAAGGAGCCACCAAUUUACUUUCCACUGAUAUUGCCAUAUGCAUUGGUGGCAAGACUUCUAAAACGGCCCAAGCCCCCACGCAGAUGUCGAGACUGUGGCACGCGCUUUUACCAAGCCUGGCGGCUACAAUUGCACCAGCACAAACACACAAAUAGAAAGACGCUGAAUAAACACCAAUGUGAUUGUGGACGAACCCCUGUCGGGUCCUUACAUUUUCUCCGACACCAGUUGGAACAUUUGAGCAGCACUGCCUUUAUCUGCGCCGUGUGCGGAAAGGUCUUGCGAGGUUACCGGCAGCUCCAAGCCCACAGUUGGCUGCACCCGCUAGUAUCUCAGUUCCAGUGCACAUGUGGAGCACGGUUUACUCAGCUUCCCAAAUACCUCUGGCACUCCUUAUUGAAUAAGACUAAAGACAGAAAGCAUCCCACACAAGGAAAGCGGUUGGUAUCUGUAUGAUGAGUGAGAAAGCAGAAAACUUCACAGUAGUUAAACAUUUCAGACCACUACUGCUUCAUGCUGCAGAUUUACUGAUGCCCGACGCGUUUUACAUAUGAUUUGCACAACAAGAAGUUAUUGCUUUCAUUUUCUUAAUAAAAUGAUAAUGAAAUAAAAUGAAGUCUAAAGUUAUGAAAUUAGCAAAAGCAAGAUUUUGUUGAUUUUGGCACUCAAUGUGUGUCGAAUGCAAUAAAUUUAUUAUUUUUG